AUGUAUAUGAAAAUAGUUUUAGGCAUAUAGUUUAGCGUUAGUGGGACGCUGUUAGGAAUUUUAAAAGUUUUAGAUGAAACCGAACCACGUAAGAAGUGUCGAGAGAAUAAGAACAUUAAGCUCACAUUUUAUACAUUAUAGUGUUAAUGAAUAUUAACUCCAGGUUACAUGAUAUAGUUUCAUAUGCCAAUAUAGCAUUGUUAACUACUUUGGAAUUUCUGAUAACAGCAUAUCUUCUCUUUUCUAAAGCCCAAAUUGCUAAAAUUAGAAUUCAGGUACCUAAGUCAAAAAGUUACCUUGCUGUCAGUGACGUGAUGCACUGCUGCAUUGUGAAUAAAAAGGAAUUUGAUUUCUCAGAACAGUCUCUUAAAGAAGAAUUUUAUAGUAUCUCAAAGACUUCACUGACUUCUGGAUCCUGCAUAAAGCCCAAGGAGAAAAGAAAUGGGUCGCUCCAAUUCUAGAUCACAUUCUUCAAGAUCAAAGUCUAGAUCACAGUCUAGUUCUCGAUCAAGAUCAAGAUCACACUCUAGAAAGAAGAGAUACAGUUCUAGGUCUCGUUCCAGGACGUACUCAAGAUCUCGUAGUAGAGAUCGUAUUUAUUCUAGAGAUUAUCGUCGAGAUUACAGAAAUAAUAGAGGAAUGAGACGACCUUAUGGGUACAGAGGAAGGGGUAGAGGUUAUUAUCAAGGAGGAGGAGGUAGAUACCAUCGAGGUGGUUAUAGACCUGUCUGGAAUAGAAGGCACUCUAGGAGUCCUAGACGGGGUCGUUCACGUUCCCGGAGUCCAAAAAGAAGAUCUGUUUCUUCUCAAAGAUCCCGAAGCAGAUCUCGUCGGUCAUACAGAUCUUCUAGGUCUCCAAGAUCAUCAUCAUCUCGUUCUUCAUCCCCCUAUAGCAAAUCUCCUGUCUCUAAAAGACGAGGGUCUCAGGAAAAACAAACCAAAAAAGCUGAAGGGGAACCUCAAGAAGAGAGUCCUUUGAAAAAUAAAUCACAGGAGGAACCAAAAGAUACAUUUGAACAUGAUCCAUCUGAAUCUAUUGAUGAGUUUAAUAAAUCAGCAACAUCUGGUGAUAUUUGGCCUGGCCUUUCAGCUUAUGAUAAUAGUCCCAGAUCACCUCAUAGUCCUUCACCUAUUGCUACACCACCUAGUCAGAGUUCAUCUUGUUCAGAUGCCCCCAUGCUUAGUACAGUCCACUCUGCAAAAAAUACCCCCUCUCAGCAUUCACAUUCCAUUCAGCAUAGUCCUGAAAGAUCUGGGUCUGGUUCUGUUGGAAAUGGAUCUAGUCGGUAUAGUCCUUCCCAGAAUAGUCCAAUUCAUCAUAUUCCUUCACGAAGAAGUCCUGCAAAGACAAUCACACCACAGAAUGCUCCGAGAGAUGAGUCUAGGGGACGCUCCUCAUUUUAUCCUGAUGGAGGAGAUCAGGAAACUGCAAAGACUGGAAAGUUCUUAAAAAGGUUCACAGAUGAAGAGUCUAGAGUAUUCCUGCUUGAUAGGGGUAAUACCAGGGAUAAAGAGGCUCCAAAGGAAAAAGGAUCAGAGAAAGGGAGGGCAGAGGGAGAAUGGGAAGAUCAGGAAGUUCUAGAUUACUUCAGUGAUAAAGAGUCUGGAAAACAAAAGUUUAAUGAUUCAGAAGGGGAUGACACAGAGGAGACAGAGGAUUAUAGACAGUUUAGGAAGUCAGUCCUUGCAGAUCAGGGUAAAAAUUUUGCUACUACGUCUCAUCGGAAUACUGAGGAGGAAGGACCCAAGUACAAGUCCAAAGUUUCGCUGAAAGGCAAUAGAGAAAGUGAUGGAUUUAGAGAAGAAAAAAAUUACAAACUUAAAGAGACUGGAUACAUAGUGGAAAGGCCUAGCACUGCAAAAGAUAAGCACAAGGAAGAAGACAAAAGUUCUGAAAGAAUAACAGUAAAGAAAGAAACUCAGUCACCUGAGCAGGUAAAGUCUGAAAAGCUCAAAGACCUCUUUGAUUACAGUCCCCCUCUACACAAGAAUCCGGAUGCACGAGAAAAGACUACCUUCAGAGAGGAGAGUCCACUUAGAAUCAAAAUGAUAGCCAGUGAUUCUCAUCGUCCGGAAGUCAAACUCAAAAUGGCACCUGUUCCUCUUGAUGAUUCUAACAGACCUGCUUCCUUGACUAAAGACAGGCUACUUGCUAGUACACUUGUCCAUUCCGUCAAGAAGGAGCAAGAAUUCCGAUCCAUCUUUGACCACAUUAAGUUGCCUCAGGCCAGCAAAAGCACUUCAGAGUCAUUUAUACAACACAUUGUGUCCUUGGUUCAUCAUGUUAAAGAGCAAUACUUCAAGUCAGCUGCAGUAACCCUGAACGAGCGGUUUACUUCCUAUCAGAAAGCCACUGAAGAACAUAGUACCCGGCAAAAGAGCCCUGAGAUACACAGGAGAAUUGACAUCUCUCCAAGCGCCCUGAGGAAGCAUACCCGUUUAGCAGGGGAAGAGAGGGUUUUUAAAGAAGAAAAUCAGAAGGGAGAUAAAAAAUUAAGGUGUGAUUCUGCUGAUCUUCGGCAUGACAUUGAUCGCCGUAGAAAAGAAAGAAGUAAAGAACGAGGGGAUUCCAAGGGCUCCAGGGAAUCCAGUGGAUCAAGAAAGCAAGAAAAAACUCCAAAAGAUUACAAGGAAUACAAAUCUUACAAAGAUGACAGUAAACAUAAAAGUAGAGACCAAGAUCAUUCUCGAUCAUCAUCCUCUUCAGCAUCACCUUCUUCUCCCAGUUCUCGAGAAGAAAAGGAGGGUAAGAAGGAAAGAGAAGAAGAAUUUAAAGCUCACCAUGAGCUGAAAGAAUAUUCGGGCUUUGCGGGAGUUAGCAGGCCACGAGGAACCUUUUUUCGAAUUAGAGGCAGAGGAAGAGCCAGAGGAGUUUUUGCUGGGACAAAUACUGGUCCAAACAACUCAAAUACCACUUUUCAAAAGAGACCGAAGGAAGAGGAAUGGGAUCCAGAAUAUACCCCAAAGAGCAAGAAGUACUUCUUG